GAAAAUGAGCGAGUGACAGUGACACACUGACGCACAGUUGGCUUUCAAUAAGGAAACUGAAGACAUUUUGCUUCUAGAGGACCUUUGAGGGCACAAGCUGGGGGACAAGAGCAAGCACCGGGCAUGAACUCACAGACUGGCGGGCCCUGCAGUGGGAGGAGUGGAGACUAACACACACUUCAGUGAAGCUCAUCUGCUUUAUCAGGAUGGGCUGCAGUUGCAGUGGUCAGAAAGAAGUAAAAGAUGACACACGCCACAAAGGAAAGAACAACUCUCAUCUCUCGUCAAACCACAUAGCACGAAGUGGAAACACCUAUACAGAUAACGACGACAUCCUGUUUGUGGCACUUCAUGACUUUAAAGCUACCAACGACAAUGAUCUGCCUUUCAAAAAGGGGGACAGGCUCAAGGUCUUACAGGAAAAUGGGGAGUGGUGGGUAGCUAAAUCGCUGCUGACUGGACAGGAGGGCUUCAUACCGUGUAAUUAUGUAGCCAGGGCAGAUACCCUGGAGGUGGAAAAGUGGUUUUACAAGGACUUGAGUAGGAGAGAGACUGAACGACUGCUUUUAGCUCCUGGAAAUAAACCGGGUGCCUUUCUGGUCCGAGAGAGCGAGACCUCACCAGGUUCCUACUCACUGUCCGUCAGAGAUCAUGUCCCGGAACAAGGAGAUGUGGUAAAACACUACAAGAUCCGUUGUCUGGACAAAGGUGGCUUCUACAUCUCCCCCUCCAACACAUUCGCAACUCUACAGGAGCUGGUUAAAUACUACAGUCGUACGUCAGACGGUUUGUGUCAGCGUCUGUAUGCCCCCUGUAAGCCAAAGGCACCCCAGCAGCCUUGGGCCCAGGAUGAAUGGGAGAUUCCCAGAGAGACCCUGAAGAUGGUGAAGAAACUGGGGGCCGGCCAGUUUGGAGAAGUGUGGAUGGGUUUCUACAAGAACACCCAGAAGGUCGCCAUCAAGACCUUGAAGGAGGGAACGAUGGAGCCCGAGGCGUUUCUCGCGGAGGCCAACCUGAUGAAGCAGCUGCAGCACGAGCGAUUGGUGCGCCUCCACGCUGUGGUCACCAAGGAGCCCAUUCUCAUUGUCACUGAGUUCAUGGUCAAUGGGUGUCUUCUGGACUUUCUGAAAACAGACGAAGGAAAGAAGCUGAAGCUGAAUAAGCUGAUAGACAUGUCAGCACAGGUAGCUGAAGGCAUGGCGUACAUCGAGAGGAAGAACUACAUCCACCGAGACGUGCGUGCAGCCAACAUUUUGGUCAGUGACACCCUGCACUGCAAGAUAGCAGACUUUGGCCUGGCAAGGAUCAUCGAGUCAGAGUACACGGCUCAAGAAGGUGCCAAAUUUCCCAUCAAAUGGACGGCUCCAGAGGCCAUCAAUUUUGGCACAUUCAGCAUCAAAUCGGAUGUAUGGUCGUUUGGGAUCCUCCUCACGGAGAUAGUCACCUAUGGAAGGAUACCCUACCCAGGGAUGACCAACCCAGAAGUGAUCAGGUGCCUGGACAGGUCGUACAGGAUGCCAUGUCCGGACGGCUGCCCUGUGGAACUCUAUGACAUCAUGAUGAUGUGCUGGAGGCAGAGGCCUGAUGACCGGCCAACGUUUGAAUUUCUGCAAAACACUCUUAACGACUUCUUUAUCGCCACGGAGGGACAAUAUGAGAUGCAGCCGUGAUUGCAGAAAAAAAGGGAACUGUUUUUCAACCUAGAGACGACAAAAUGUCUGCCGGAGAGAUGCAAGACUUGAAUGGAUCGAGGACCAACUGAACAUUUUCCCUUUGAACUUUUUUUUCAAAUGGACACAUUUGUUUUACACCUACAUUAUACUGAGUGAAUGUAAAAGCUAUUUAUGGCUUGUUCUCUCUCCAGCAGCUAAGAGACGCCCGAAAAAGAUGUUAACGUGAUGUUCAGAACUUUUUAUCAGUUUUAUAAGUUUUAUCAUACUGACCGUACAGCCACGGAGUACGAGGACACACAAUCAAGACUGAUCUAUGACGGUUGAAAGGACUAUGGAAAAACCAAUACAAUACAUGCAUGAUGUAAAAAGGGCUCUGGACCAGUGAGAGUCGGCACAGGUAAAAAUGACAGAUUGAACAUUUGCAUGGUACAGAAACAAGCAGCCUGAGAUUACAAUGCACAAUACUUUGCACUUUUAAAAAAAUAAUAAUUCCUUCAGUCAUUCAGUGGACUCAUAAAAAACGCAAAGGGCUUUUUUUUUUUUAGAAAAAAAAAGAGAAUCUAUACUUGCAUACAUAUUGCUUUUCUAAAUAAAAAUAUUUGCAUUA